AUGUCUACAAACGAAGCAGCCAUAUCAGAUGAAGAGGAUAUAGAACUUCUUCAUGGUUUUGGAGCUCAACCCAUCUCCAGGAACCAAAUGAGAACAACCAAGCGUUGGUCAUUCCACAACAACACUCGACCAAAUUUGGUCGAUUUACCGCUGGAAGUGGGUGGCCCACCAAGAAGGUUGAGUGACAUCACCGGUAUUGAUGGCGUUCACAAACACAUCGAUCCUUUAAGUGAACUAGGAGGGGCACAAUUAUAUUCAACAGAGUCAGGAAGAUUAUUCCACGCGGGGAAAAUCAUAAUCGCCCUUGCUGGUUUGCCAGGCAGAGGCAAAACACACCUAUCGGUAUCUUUGACAAGAUACUUGAGAUGGUUAGGAGUCAAGACACAUUCUUUCCACUUGGGUGAUUAUAGGAGGGCUAGUGCUGAAGACGAUUUGACUCAUGACUUGUUUGUACCAAGCCCAAAAAGCGGAAAAGCUCAUGCGUUGAGAGAAAAAGUGGCCAAUGAAUGCCUUAACGAUAUAUUGAAUUUCUUCAAAAAUGACAAGGGACAGGUUGCCAUAUAUGAUGCCGUGAACGCUAUACCAGAGUUUAGAUUGCAUUUGCAUCGGAAAUUUAAAGAUUUGAAAAUUCAGGUUUUGUUUAUCGAAAGCUUGGUGACUGAUGAUUCUAUUGUGAUGAAAAACAUUGAAGAAGCAGCAAAAUCAUCACCGGAUUACAGAAACUGGGACUAUGAUGCUGCUUACAAAGAUUAUAGUGAAAGAAUCAAUACUCUUGCGCCAUUUUAUAAAGAGAUGGGUUUGAACCAAGAGGAAAAAGAUUUAUCCUACAUCAAAUUUAUAAAUUUUGGAGAAAGAAUUGAGUUGCAUAACUCAAACUAUGGCUACUUGAUCAACAAAGUGGUUUUCUAUCUUAUGAAUGGAAGUAUAAAAUCGGGAUCAGUCUUUUUGGCACGAUGCUAUAAAAACACUUUGGAUUUCAAUCAAGACCCGCCAUUGGAUGAUGAAGGGUUAAAGUAUGCCAAGAACUUGACAGAUACAGUGAUAGCGCAGAUUAAAUCACAGGGCAAGAAUUAUCUCGAUAAAAUUGAAGGCAAACCCGAAUUGCAAAGAGAGCCAUCUGUGGAAAUGAGACAACCAGCCGCAGGCGCUGACGGUGUGAAUGACAAUUCAUUGGUGGUCUGGACAUCAGUAAAGAAAAGGACAAUUGAAACCACGCAGUUUCUUCAAGAGAAAAACAUUAAAGUUAGACAUAGGAUUCAAUUGUCGCAAAAGAACCCCGGUGUGGCGGGAACGCUCAGUGAAGAAGAGAUUGCUAAGCAAUUCCCUGAGGCUUAUUCCCAGUACCUCAAAGAUCCUUAUCAUUACCGUUUCUCACGUGCUGAAUCGUAUCAUGAUUUAGCCAUUAAAAUUGAGCCCUUGAUAUUGGAGAUGGAAAGAAUGAGUGGGGACUUAUUGAUCAUCGCCGAUGAAACGGUAUUAAGAGUAUUGUAUGGAUAUCUCAUGUCGUGUUCUUGUUACGACAUACCCACAUUGGAUUUUAAAUCCGAUGAGAUAAUUGAAAUCAAAUUCAAUGCGUAUUCAAACAGCGCGAAGAGAAUAAAAAUUAAAGGAUCGUAA